AUGACCACGGCACGAGGCGACGACGACGACGAGGACGACCGCGACCGCGACGACGACGGUUCGCGGUCGCCGACGGACACCGACAGCCGCGACGGCGACGACGACCGGUAAGUCAGCCAGUCAGCCAGUGUGCCGACGCGCGUCCGGUUAAUUAAUUAUUAAUACAAUGUUGUAUGCAUAUCCGAUAAACAAUAUAUUUAUACGCAUAAAUGCGUAACGAUGAGGGGUAAAACAAAAAGAUAAUCGUUUUUCUUUUGUUUCGGUUCGACUAUGGUAUAUGGUUAUGAAUAUUAUUUUUACCGGCAAGUAAUUAUUACGGAAGUAUAAUACCCAAUACCGAACCAGUUUAGUUUUCGGCGCAGUAGACAAUUUCUCUGGUCCCGGCAGGGAAACAGGGCUCGAGCAAUUUUUUUCUUUUGUGAUAUUGUAUUUGACAUAGGUGUAUUGUAACGUUUUCCCCUUUAUUUGUCGAUCUAAAUCGCAUAUUUGUACGUAUUUCCACGAUCGUUAUUGUAUGGAUAUAAUCUAUUAGUGUAUUAUUCUAUGUAGGUACAAUAGUCUAUAACCUAUGAUGUAUUUUCAUAAUUUAAUUUGCUUGUGCUGAAAUCUAUACAAAACUGACAAAAGAAAGAUAUUAUAAGUACUCGACAUUUUCCGGUUGAUUUUUGAUAAAAAUUUGAUCGGGUCAUUUGCCGCGGUCGAUAAUUGUUUCAAAUAAAGUACUAUUAAGCAGAAAUAUCGCAAUUUUUGAGAUACUGUGUGAACAAAUUGGCGCAUUUACCUGAUCGUAAAACUUUUUCGGAAAAUUUCUCAGAUAAAGUACCAUCAGAUAGAUAAUACGCCUCUUAAAAAGCAAAUCAUGAAAAAAUCAGAGCACUUUUUUACCGAAAAAGUAUUUUUUGAAAAGGAAAAAAUCAUACAUCUUAUAGAUAAACUAACACUGGGAACCUAAAAUUUUUGAUAUCGGAAAUAUAACUAGUAACUACAUGAUGUUGUUUUUUUGAAGCUUCUUCUUUGAAAUAGGGUGCUUGCAAGGUAUCUCGCAGGUGAUUUAUCGAAAUCUUAUAUCAAUAGAUCAUCUUCCAGCGAUUUUCUACUACCAUAUAUAAUUAUGUUUAUGUGAUCAAAGGUGAAUAUGCCUGUAUAUGAUCGAUAAAAAACCAACUAUGUAUUUUGACUCUGGUGAUAAAAAAUUGGUCGUGUAUAGUAAUUAUCGUCAGUUAAGAUCAUAUUCGCGGUCUGCUUGGUCUAUUUCUCCUCAUCACAUCUGUCAAUGCUCCUUUCAAAGACGCUACUAUCCGGCUGUCAUAAAUGCUCGAUACCAAUAAUAUUUAAUUGUUUAAAAAAAUUGUAUUGAUCAUGUUUCGCAUAGUUAUUGCGUGAUUAUCAAAUUUACGUGUAGAACACGAUGUAACACACUUGAAUAGAGAUAAUAUUAAAAUAACAUUUCUGUUGAAUCAAAAUAAUUGUCAUUUACGUACAAUUAUACGUAAAAAAAUUCCGAAAUGUCAAAUGUCUAUAAAUAGCUUAAAAAUCGCUAAAAACUUUUGAAUAUUUUACUACGUCUGUAAAUGGCUAAAAUAAUUAUUCUGUAAAAAUGUCAGGGCUCUAUAAUUAUUUUUAACCGGAUAACAACAUAAAACACAAAAUCGAAAUUAAUGAAACUAUUAAUGACGUAAACUUUUCCGGCUUUCCCAAUACUAUGAAAAUUACAUAGAAAAUCAAAAUACGCCUCCUCGGUGCAUCAACUAGAUCCAAAAUCCCACAAAAAAGCUCUCUCGUCAUUUUGCUAAUUUUUCCGUUUUAUCUCAAUUAUUUAGUAAACUACAAAGAAAAUUACUUCAAUGCACCAAUAAUAUGAAAUUUGAGAAAAGAUAUUACACUUAAAAAUGGGAGCAUGAUUUCUGGUAGAAAAGUCGUUCACAGACAAAAAAAAAAAAAUCAUAAUAAUAAAAUCAAUACCAAAAACCAAAAAACAAUGUUUCAUACAGUCUUAAAUAAACUACAAUUUUUAAUUUUCAUAAUUUAGAAAUCCUUUUAAAUCAUCGUCGCAUAUUAUUAGGCGUGGGCAGGUAUGACCAAAACUAUUAUGUUACCUAUAUUUAACGAUUAUUAGGUACAAAAUAUCUAGUCGUAAUAAAACCAUUAUCUACGUGUCAUACAUCACAAUUAUUUGUCUGUUAGUAAAUCGACCUACUAUAAAAGGUAUAGGAACAAUAACUACAAUGUUUUCUCGUUGGUUUUCUAUCGAUAUUUUUAGUAUAAAGAGCUGGUUGAAAGUGUUAAAAACUAAUAUUAUAUUAUUAUUAUGUAUGCAUAAUCUCUUUCUCUUUCUAUAUUUAAACAUAUUCAAAAAAAAAAAACAAAAAUCUUCGAGUGAAUAUAAUAUAAUAGAUGAUGAUGAUCCUGUGUUUAAACUUGCUAUGGGUAGUGAUAAAAAUGAAAAAUCCGCAUUCAUUUGAUUCUGUCAAAAGAAGAUUUCCAAUAUUAUGUACUUACGUCUUAGAUAAGGAAAACAAAUAUCUGUGUGUGGCUACAUAUUAUUGUAAUCUAUUCUCUGUCAUUUUUUUCCGACAUUCUUUUUUGCUUACGUAUACAGAGUGAUUCAUAUAACGAAUAAGACACUCAUUAUUUCAAAAAUGAUUAACUUUUUUCGGCAUUUGCUUUUUUUGGAAAAUUUAAAAAACAAGCAACUUUUUUGUCACCUCUAUUCUCGAAAAUGAAACCACUACUCACUUUUUAAAUUUAAAUUUAAAACCUAAAUUUAAACCUAUAAUAAAUAUUCCAUAAACCGAUGAUUUUUUAGUUGAAAUUAAAUUUAGUAGUGAAAUCUUCAAUUAUCGUCAACCCGUGUACGAGAUAUUCUACUUUUAGUUUGCGGAUUUUAGUUUGGGGGACAGUGGUGGAGCACUAAUCAAACGCCGCUUGCAACGCAACCAUACAAUUAAUGAUGUUCCAGUACACUUUUCUCUUACCUGCACUUAAAAGUAAAAUAUCUUGUCCACUGGUUGACGGAAAUUUCAACACCAAAAUGUAUUUGAUUCGAAAAUCAAAAGUGGAUAUAAGUGCUUUCACCACCAUAAAUAAAGGUGAUGAUAAAUAUAAAUAAUGACUCCGUUGUGCCCUCCGUCAUUGGCUAUAGCCUCAUAGAAAUUGCAUUAAUUAUUAGGUAUAUUACAUAUAGGUAGGUAGCUUAAAAAUAUGUAUUUUGUUACGCAAUGAAAUCGUUUAGUAUGAUCCGCCCCCCCUCCUCCUCCAUUGAUAAAUCCUGAUCUCGCCACUGCGUUAUCACCCUGUAUAUCAUAAUAUAAUAAGAGUUCUAUAUAGAUCUAUACUCCGCAACAUGUAUUUGUAAUAAUUGUAUAUUAUGAAUAAUAUAGUAAUUUCAAACGAUUUAUUUUUAAAUAUUUUUUUAUCCGCAGGAGAUUGCCCGCCACUAUACCUAUAAUAAUAUUAUAAUACCGGCGGUGUAUAUACGUUAUGCACCUAUAUAAUAAAAAAAAAAAAAUGAAAACAUCUUAUAAAAUUGUGUAUAAAGUAUACAUAUAUUAUAUUAAUACAAAUUAUAACGUACACCUAUAUACUCGUGUACGUGCCUAUACACACUGAACUAUCUACAUUUAACUAUAUUAUUAAACUAUACGAGUAUAAUAAGACGAUUUUGUUUUAUCACGAAAAAAUAUAAACCGCGUAUAGUUGUAAAUACCUAUAGGUAAACCAGCUUAAAGCUCACGAUUAUUAUUCGUAUUAAAAGGGCGUAAUACCCGUACAUUGUCUCUGUCUUACGGACGUACGACAUGGCAAAUAUGCAUUCAGCAGAGAUGAAAUUGUGCUGUAAUUGAUAUAUUGUCAAACUUAAGACAAUUUUUGAAAUUUUAAUUUUUACGAGAAUACGAGUGUGUAGAAAACUACGUUUUAUUAAUGCAUAAACUUAACUUGAAAAUUAAUAUAUCGAAAAAAUAGCGUCAACGUUGUAUACAGAUAUAUUCUUAUCAUUAAAAUUCCGUACGUUCGUAAGGCAGAUACAGCAAAUACAGGUAUUACGACCUCUUAGAGGUCUACAAUAUUUAUAGAUGAAAAUAGUUAUUGGAGUAUAUUAAGUGUCAUUACGGAGUAGAAAGGCAGUGGCGUAACUUUGAAAUUUGGACCGGGAGCUAAAUAUUCAAUGUACCUCCCUCAUAUAGGCACAAGGCCAUAUCUGGAACAAAUUGUCGGGAAGGAGGGUGGGUGUUUAAAUCAAAAAAUAUAUAUUCUCAUAGUAGAUAGUUAAAAAAAAAAAUAACAAUAACUAAUAUUUAUCUUAAACAAAAAAAACUGACUUUAUCACAUUAUCGUAUUAAUAUAUCAUGAUUAUUUUAGAAUAAUUUAGAAUAUUUUGUAAUAUUUUAGAAUAUUUUAAAGUGAAUGUAUAUAGUAUGAAAUUAUUAUUUUAUAGCACAAAAUCUAGUAGUCGCUUUUUUACUUUGGGGAAAAGAUCAUCCGGAUCGAUUUUAAUUUGCCUGUGCACAUUUCAAAGAGCUAAACCUGUAAUACAUUAAUACGUUCUUGGCCCGAUGGAGUUACGUAAAUAAUUUUUUAAUCUUUUCAUGGUUGAAUAAAUUGUGCGUUCUGGCGUAGAAUUCAAAACUGGCAAUGUACCUACUAGCUAACAGUUUCAAAAGAAAAAAUGUUUGGAAAAUAUUCAGAAUCACAUUUAAUGUAUGCUUCAAUAGCCGAAUUCGGAAGGUCUUUUUAUGAUCUAUUUUCUUUGAUCUUGGAAAAUGUAGUAUUCAUAUUACUCUGCAUAAUAUCAUGUAAUUCAUCUAACAUAGUAUCAACGUAUUCCAUUAUUUCGGUUAAAUCACAAUUUACAGACUGUAAAUUCUUACGCAGUGGUAGUGUUCGGGUAAAAAGUAUAGAUGCUAUAACCAAACUAAAAUCAGGAUUUAUGUUUUUGCAUUUUUGCAUUUUUGCAUGAGCUUUGCAGUCUUAUGAGAGUAAGAAAUGUUGAUAAUUCGUUCAAUUCUGAGUUCGUAGGAAAAAGUAUUUUUUGUAUAUUUGAGAAUAUUUCGUGGGUUAAGGAUUAUUUAGCUUAUUUUGCAUAUUUUGUAAAUUGUGAGAAAAAAUAUUAAUUUUAACAAUACGGUACCUGGAGAAAUAUAUUUCGAACAUUUUAAUUUUUUUUUUGUAUUAUUUUGAUAAAAAGGUUAGUGUUAUAGUACCUACCUAUAAUAAGUUACCGUUCACUAAACAUGGUGGCUAACCAUAUAACGUGAUUUUUCAGUUUUUAAAAAUUAAAUUACCUAUAUAGUUAUAUCAAUAUCAUACUCUUACUCUUACUUAAGUGUACUAUUAUUAUAUUUUAAUACGCAAGUCACUAAUUAUUUAUGGAAUGUUGCAAAAAAAUAGUAAAAAAAUUUCAUAUUAAAGCAUAUUGUAUAUUGCAUAUUGCAUAUUGCAUAUCGUAUAUUGAUAUUCUUUAAUUAUUUUUGCAUAUUUUUCAAACUUCUAAGAGAAUAUAAUGAGAAUAUUUUAAGAUUUUGUAGAGAAUAUUAGCAUAAUAUUUUAGGUGUUUUAAGGAAAUAUAAAUCCGGUCUUAUAACAAAGUCGUUGGUUAUAAUAGUUUUUCCGAUUGCAAAGCUUUUGAUCAGGAGCGUCUCCAGACCCUGACUAUGAGAGGGAGGAUGAAACAAUUAAAUUAAAUAUUAAUGAUUGAUAAGAAAAAAAGACGAACAUAAUUCGCAUGUUGGGUGGAUCACAGUUGUAGAUGAGAAGUUCGGAAGGUAGAAUAAAGAAGAACAUUUAAUGUAUAUCUGUAUAAGCAAAAACUAAUGAUUGCUAAUGAAAAACAAUUCUGAACGGAGCUAGAUUAUUAGUAUUGCUUUGUUAACAAUAUAAAUGUCAUAUUACAGAAAAUAAAUAUUAUAUUGCAACAACUUCUAUGGACCAGUAACUAGAUUUUUCCCAUAUAAUUUUUUUACCAAAACAAUUUCUGUCUUAAUUUGCUGAAAUUCUAGUUUUGACCAUAAAAUACGCCUUAUAAUUAACUUCCUGUCCAACUUUCAAGCAUUUUUGUUUUAUCUAACAACUUUAUCCAUAUAAUACCUAUUUAAUAAAAAUUACUUAAUAAAAAGUAUCUAUUAAUAGCUUAAAUAUGGCUCAAAUUUUUUUACGGUUUUACCACGCAAAAAUAGGCAAAUAUAGGUCUUUUACCUAAAUUUCAAAUCUACGAAUAUUUUUAACUGAAUUACAACAAAUAACACGAUUGAAAAUAAUAAAAAGCAUUAUUUUCAUAAAUUUUCCGUUUUUCCUACGUUUUUUACCGGGUUUUUUCCAAAUAUUAUGAAAAGCAUUUGAAAAAUCAAAAAAAGACCACUUAAAGUACCAUCUAGACCAGCGUUUCCCAAACUAUUAUCUGCGGACCCCUAGAGGUCUGCAUGUAUACCAGAGGGAGUCUAUAAACGUAAAUUAAAAAUACUCAGUAGCGCAGCCAAAGGGACCAUGGCCCCCAUCGGAUGUAUUUAUUUUUUUUGUUGAUUUUAUAUCAGUACAUUCAUGAAUAAGUUUAUAAUAUUAUAUCUAUGAGUACGUAAGUACCUAUGAUAAUAUGUAAUCAAUAUAAUAUUAUAGCGAUAAAAAUUGUAUUUAUUAUCUAUAGCCAUAGUAUUAAGGUUACAUUAAAACGAUUUUGAUAAAAAUUGUAGUUCCAAUAGAAGUGGUCAAAAAACAAUAUUGAAAAAACAUUGUGAAACAAGAUGGGUCGAUCGACAUGAUUCACUUAUUACUUUCAAAGAACUUUACAAUUAUAGAAUUUUUACUCUAGAAUAUCUUAAAAAUAUGAUACAAAGCCUAAAAUCUCACCAAAGCGUUGUUAUAUAUGAAUGCUAUAACCAAGAAUGAUUUUCUUUUCUCUCUUGAAGUAGCUGUUACUUAAUUCUUAUAUACUAAACAAUUAAGUCAAGUACUACAAAGCAAACAGCAAGACUUAUCUAAAUAGCUUUAAAUUAUAUAAUGAUUGUUAGAGAAGCUUUAGAAGCCAUUUGAUCAGAUGCUGAUAAAUGUUUUAAGGAAAUAAUGAAAAAUGUUACCACAAUAGUUUCUGAACUAGACGUUGAAAUACGUAUGCCUCGAAUCAGUGGGAGACAAACUGCCCGAAACAAUUUAAAUUCCAAAGACACACAGGAAUAUUGUAAAAUAGCAAUAUUUAUACCAUUUCUCGAUAAUCUAAUUACUUAGUUACAUUUAAUAUUUAAUAAAAGACUAGAAACAAUUAUACCACUAGAAGCACUCAUACAUUCUAAUUUGAUACACUAUGACGACCUUUUAUCACGGCCUUGUGUAGACAUAUAUAGGGAAAUCUGAAGGGAGGUGCAUCCCUCUUACUAAAAUUAUUUUAUAUAUUUGUAUAAAAAUAUGAUUACAUAUAUUAUGAAAUACAUAUGUAUAUUUUAAAUUUUCAUAUUUUUUCACCAUAGUAGGUACCAUACUCAUGAAAUUAUGUUUAUAACAUAGUAUUCAUACUUAUAUAGGCUACAACAUAAUAUAAUAAUAGUAAAGUAUAAUCUGAAUAGUUAAAAUCAAUAGCUGAAUAACACAUUAGCAAAAGAAAAACAUUUUAUUACCUACUCGGGCCUACUGACUGAACAGGCUUGUGCUACACCCUCUGAUUCCUCUUAGUCACGCCACUGUAGCGGGUGCUAUUAUAUUAUAGCAACUGCUCCCCCAUAUUUUUUAUUGUAGUUGCAAAUUAAUAGCUGUGCUACCCUGUUAGUAAUUUAUAAAAAAAAAAUACAAUUGGUUUGUUUUAAUUCAGAAUAUGAUCACACUUAUGUUAUAAGCAAAGUGACCUGCAACUGUCCCGAUUUUAUCGUGAAACAUUCACGAUUUGUGUAUUUUUCUCCCGCAUCACGAUCAAGGUUAUUGAGGGACACGUUUUCCCCGGGACAUUAGGAAAAUAAUAUUUUUUAUAAAUCUUUUCCGCAUUGGUACAACUAUAGAACUGUUGAUAAAAGGUAUCAAUGAUCGUUAUCCGACCGAUUGCUUUUAUGAAGUGCGUGCCUAAAUUAGUAUUAUUACUAUAUCUGUAUUUUUUCCUAUACAUAAUUACUGGUGUCGGUCUGGUCAUCGAAAGGUUCAGGCAGGAAUUUUUUAUUAGGAGCCCAACCUGCCUGACCGCUCGCGCAUUAUUGUUUUCAUCAUUCAUAUUUAUGUUAAGUAGAUAAAUUAAGUCAUCAGAUAUAGUUCAUUCAAUUUUUACUUUUAAAAAGUUAAUAUAAAUUGUAAUUUAUUACAAAUUAAAAUAAAUUUCACCUUUGUACAUAUUACCUUUGGCAUAAAAAUAAAUAUUAAAAAGACGUUCUAGGAUAAUAGGGACGGGUGCAGCCAUUGUCAUAGGUAAUUAAAUGUCUACUUGUAAGCAACGAUAAUCCAUUAUUGCUAACGAAAAACCGAUUCUAAGCGGAAUUCAGUUGAUAGUGAUGCUUUGUCAACAAUAUUUAUGUUAAUAUGAUAAUAAAAUAAUAAAAUAGACUUUAUAUUUUCUUUAAUAAUAUUUGUUUAAUAUUGUACUGAUUUUACCGGUUUUUCACUUUUUCUGGGAAAAAUCUUGGGAAAAUCGAAAAGUUACCUGCCUAAAGUACCUCCCAGUCGAAUUUCCUUUUAGAAAAAUUACACUACAUAAGUGUUAAUAUUACAACAAUUAUCGUAAAUGGAAAAAACGAAUAGUGCAUAGAAUCUACGUGACUAUAUUAUGAGAACAGACAGUUUAUUUCCAAACUUUUCUGAUUAUUUUCGAAAUAUAUUAUACUUGCACGCCGCCGGACGGUUCUUUAGUUUUUAAUGAGAGGAGAUUAUAUUAUAUAAGUAUUCAUAUUUCUCCAAACCACGAUAUUUUAUAUUAUCUUAUCGACUAUUGCUUGUUUAUUUAGGAAAAAUCCGAUUGUUUGUUAGUGUGUCGAUUAUUUAAAAAUUAUAAUGUAUCUAUGUACACCGUGGUAUUUUAAAUAAUAAAAUAUUUUUUAUACAUCUAUGGUAAAAAAAAAAAGCUAAGGGCCCGGGCAGAGAUCUCUGCCUAGCUGCCUUGACGAGGCCGACACUGGUAAUUGCCAUUUCGUUGACACGUGCACAAACGCUUUAUUUUGGGAUGAGCCGUCAAUACGCUGUGUAUUUUUAUGUUGGCGUGUGUGCGAUUGGCGUGUAUCUAUAUUAUAAUCAUAUAAAUUGAGCGACUAUGGAGAACAAAGUAUUCCUCCCAAAAAUAUAAAACGUCUUUGUACUUUUCGUGAAAUGUGGUUAAGUUCUAAUGUACUUCAAAAAUCAGAAAAUAACAAUUUGUAUGGUCAUCGUAAAUUAUGUAGGAUAAUAUCUCAUGGAGGUAAUCGAAUGUGCAACUUAAUGCAAAUAGUGUUUCACAUAAACGAAUAAAUAGUAUGAUACAUAGUAUGCUCAAAAUUAUUAUUAAUUAUACUAAAAUUAGAUUACAAAUUUCUCGUGUUGGAAAAAGUCCCAAUUUUUAUAAUUGAAUAGUUGGCAACUCUGAUUAUAAGGUUUGAAUUUGAACGUAUUAAGAUCACUGGGCAGAACGCUUAUAUUUCUAUAUUUAUUCGAUAUAUUUCUACAUAAUUCUGACGACCAACUGAUCUCUCCCUCGUUUCAUUAGACCAAAAUUGAAUUAACAUAGAAAACAUAGAAAUCGUAAAUAUACAACUGUAACGACUUCUCAAGAGGACCCGCAUCUACUGUCUCAGUCUAAGAGUCUAACUAUAACUGGGAUCACAACAAAAUAAUUACGUUUUAUAUAAGUCAGAACGUAAAUUGUGGCGUUUAAGUUAUAAUAUUGAUGUUUGAACACAAAUAACAAAAUUUAAACAGAAAACAUUUCCGAAAGCUGUAAGUAAUUUUUUCUAAAAAAAAUUGUCAUAAGUAUAAUAAAGUUAUAGCCACGCGUAGCUAUUACUAUGUUUGACGAAAUCUAGCUCACGGAAAUAUUCGCCUCUUUAAAUUUUGUUAUUUGUGUUCAAUCACUAUUUUCAACUUAAACGUCACAAAUGACUUUCAAUAAGUAACGUAAUUUUCUAUGUUGCCAGUUUGUUAGACUGAAAUAGUAGAUGCGAGUAUGGCGUCCUCUUAAUAAUUAUUAUAAACAUGUAAACAUAUAAUCUAACCUAACCUAUAGUGUACCUAAUUUACAAUUUAUACACGUCGCUAUAUUCAUCGUUAUAUCGUUACACACAUUUUUAAUCACGUAAUUUUGUUAUAAAUUUAUAUACGUAUAAGUACUAUUAUAAUUAUAAUAUUAUAUAUGUUACACUUUAACAGUUUAACCCGUCUAAUUAACUAAAAAACUUGUCAGUACACUUCACAUUACAUAUAUUAUGUAUAUAAUAUAAUGGCAUUAGCCGAAAUAAUUAUUUCACUAUUGUAUUGUAUAUUUUAUUAUACAGUGUGUUUCACUUGAAUGGUAACACGUCAUAGCUCAGCCGGAUAAACUUAUCUCGAAAUUGCGAUAUUUUUUAUUAUUAUUUUUUUUUUUAAUGCGUAGGAUAUACCGAAAUAAAUUUUUUGAACCGAUUUUCAAAAUGUCAACCGCAAUAAAACAGAUUUAACACCAAGUUCAAAUAGUAAUCCUAUUUGUUUAGUGAUUUGCUUUGCAUACAAUAUAUUUUUAUCUCGAAAAUUGCCGCCAGGGUGAAUAUUUUGAAAAUAGGGCCAAAAAUUGUAUUUUCGUAUAGCAUCGAUCUUAUUGAAAAGAAAAAAAAAAUGAACAUGUAGUUUCAAUUCGAAUCCAUCAUCCGGGUGGAAUAUUUCGUAGGUGUUAUAUUAUACAGCUGCAUUUGAGCGAAACGUCAUACUGUAUACAGUGUAGAUAUAUAAUAUAAUAAUGUACCCGCGGCAUCACGGUCGCCGAUGCUUUUAAAAGGCUUUUAAAUUAUUGUAUUACGUUACAAUGAUCGAGUUUUAAGAAAAUUAGCCUCGUUAAAUAUUAAAUCGUUUACCGGCCAUUAAUAUAUUAUGCUGCCGGUUCUAUAUACGCGCGUGGACACGGCUAAUAAUAAUGAUUAUUAUAAGUUUUAAAAGACGUAUAGCAUGAUUAUUAUACCGACCAUUAUGGGUAUAUCAGUAGUCACCGGUUGGCACUAUAAUAUAUGUAUGGUAUACUAAUGUAUCUACAGUAAGUGAGUACAAUCAUAUUUUUCUGUAUAUAUUAUAUGGCGUCCUGAAAAACAACACCAAAAAAAAAAAAUCCUACCUACGAGUUUAAUAAUAAAUGUUUUCGUAUAUAGGUAUAUAGUGAUUUUAAUAACCAUUUAGCUGGUAUACCUAUAUACAUACCGAGUGAUCCUUUUAAGUGGGUACACUCAUUAUCUUGGAAUGUAUUAACUUUUUUCGAAAUUUGUUUUUCUAAAACAUUUAAGCAGCUCUACAAUUUUAUAUUUGUGUUAUUUUUUGUCACUCUUAUUUUUGGGGAUAAAACCACUACCUACUUUUGAUUUUCAAAUGGCAGCAUAUAUUUAAAAGUCCAUAAAUAGAUAGAUUAUUAGUUAAAAUAAAUUUUAGCGGUGAUAUUUUUGAUUCCCGUCGAUUGUUGACGAGAUAUUCCACUUUUUAGUUUGGGUUGGAGAACAGUACCAGAGUAUCGUUUGUGUGGCGGUCGGCUCGCGGCGUGUUAAUUAUGUACCACUACUCUUCUCCAACCCAAAAUUUCAACACUAAAAUCUAUUUUAAUUAAUACUCCAUAUAUUUAUGGACUUUUUAAUAUCGGUUGACAUUUUAAAAUCAAAAGUAGUUAGUAGUUUUAACACUAAAAAUAAGGGUGACAAAAGAUAACAUAAAUAUACAAUUGUAAAGCCGCUUGUUUCAUAAAUUUUCUAGGAAAAAAAUUUCGAAAAAAGUUAAUACAUUCCGAGAUAAUGAGUUUAACCACUUAAAAGGAUCACCAGCUGGUAUACAUAUAAACUAUAAAUUAUACAUUUGUACUGAAAUUAUUGAUCGACGAUGUAUGUAACAUGUUCUGUAAAAUAUUGUGUUGCUGCGGUAGUAUCAGGUAUAUUACAGGUACUUAACGUUACACGUUAUUAUUAUUAUUAUUAUUAUUUUUUGUUAUUAUUCAAUUCACAACGAGUCGAAAAAUUAUUAUAAAUUAAACUGUUCCGACUUGCAUGCAGACUACAACACUAUAAAUAUAAAAUACGUGUAUAUAAUAGUUCAAUUGGUCAUAGUACUUAUAAGUAUAUAUAGGUACUUUCUUCCUGUAGAAACCAUGUCGUGUGACGUGAAAAUACAAUUCGUUUAGUGAAUUUCUAAAAACACGACGGACAAUUUUAUUUUUUUUAAUCUAACCAAACAAUGUUUAAAUGAAUCGUUCUGUAUGCAAUUUUCUAUAACAUUGCUAAAAAAUAAUUAUAUGAAGAAGACGGUUACAGGAACCCUUGGAAACGUAACAAUAAAUAAUUUAUACCUGUAAUCAAUAUGAUAAACCAUUGAUAACAAAAAACGAUUCAGUUAUAAGUGUUUUGAAAGACCUGAUGUUUUUAGUAUUUACGAUUUUCGUCCAAAUUUAGUUUUAAAGCUACAUUACACUUAAUUUUUUUUUCUACCAAGUACGGCUUUUAAUGAUCCUUUUGUUCAAUUGUAAAGUAUUUCUGUUUGGUCACACAAUUUCAUUCAUAGAGAACGUGCCUAGUAAAAAUUAAGUAGAAAACUCGCCAAACUAAAAUUGUGUAUCAAUAUUUUAAAAACGGCCUAAAUAUUUGACAAUUUUACUACGUCUAGAGAAAGCAAAUUUAAGUUUUUUGUCAAAAUUUCAAUAGUCUAAGAAUGUUUUUAACUGAAUAAUAACAAAAAAACAAAAUUGAAAAUAAAAAUAAUAAUUUUUUACUUAUCAACUAGAUUAAAAAUAGAACAAAAAGAUUUUUUUAUUGUUUUUAUAUUGGAGCAAUAUUUCUGGUAGAAAAUAUAAACUAUAACAAUGUUAAAUAAAGGAAUCAUAACACUGUAAAUUUAUUUGUUUUUCGUCUUUUAUCGAUUUUUUCCAUUUUUUUUUAUGAAAACUACUUGGAAAAUCAAAAAAUGAUCUCUUAAUGCACCAACUAGGUAACAUUUUCUUUCGGAAAAGGCGCUACAUUUAAUAUAUUGGAACAAGAUUUUUGGUAAUAAAGUUACUCACAGACCCAAAAAACCAAAAAAAAUACAAAAACACAAAUUGUAGUAAAAUUAAUAAAUCCCUUGAUACAAUCUGAAUCUAAAACGAUUACACGCACCUAUUAAAAAAAUGUCCAGUAAAAUCAAUCUUGUUAGGUAUUAUAUUACAAAAAAAAAUCGCACUAUGUACCUCCCUAUAAAUUCAUAUUUGAUUUACAUGCAUAUAACACAAAACAUAUAAUUUAUAUGAAGUGGUAAACCAUGAGGUGGGGACAUUUUUAAGGAAGUUUUCUUCUAGUAAAUUCUAUUAGACACCCAAUAAAUGGCAAAUUAUUGAAUUAGUCGAUUUUGUAAAAAAAAAUUUUUAUUUUAUGUAGGAAAUACUCUUAAUGGUAAAGGAGAGUAAAUGAGAAAAGAUCAAAAGUUAAGGGGUAACGGUUUGGUUUUGGUUUAGUCGCUCGUGAAACAUUUUUAAGAGAAUAAAUAUUCGCUAAAAAAUGUCCUGCCGUGAGGUGAACAGUUUUAAUAUAGUAGUUACACCAAAAAUGUAUAAUAUAAUAUUAUACUAUGUAAAAUGGACAAAAUAUUUUGUAUAAUUUACAAGUUCAUCCGAGUCCACAGGAUCCUUAAUCCGGUCUUGUGUGUACAACUAUUUAUUUGUGUAUAUGUAUAAUUAUUAAUUGAACGAAAAACUAUAAUAUUAUAUAGCAUUCAAAGAGAUGGGCGAUACUGAAUAUUUCGAAUUCAAUACUCGAUACUCGUUUUAUUUUGAUACUAUCGAUGUCUCGAUACUUUUGUUUAAAAAUAAAACACUAUUUACUUUACUUUAUUUAGAAUAUAGCAUAUUACAAAACAUAUUACACAUUUUGAUUAUUAUUAUUAUUAAAAGGACUACACAAUGUGCAUAUUAAUUUUUUUUUAACAAUCGUACGAUUGGAGAUAUAAAUCGUAUGAAUAAACAGAAAGAGUAAAAAAAACCACUUAGCGACGGCACUUUUAAGGCUAUAAUUAUAAAAUUUAAAAUAAAAAAAAUAUUAUUUUAUUUUACCUAUAAUCUAUUUCACCACUACGUAUAACUGUGUUAUUACAUUAUUUAGCAAUCAUUUUUCAACAUAAUAAAAUAUCGAUUUCGAUAUCGAAAAUUACCUCGAUUUCUACACCUUCUAGACCUACUGUCUAAGUGCCGAGAGUAUCAAGGUAAUAUCGAAAUAUCGAAUUAUCCGUCUUUAAAUUCACAAUAACAUCCGCUGUUCGGUCACUCAGUUCCUAAUUAAUUAUAUAAUUAAGUACCUAUUAUUUGUAUACCAUAUAGACUCAUAAACAAACAAUUUUUUUUUUUUUUUUAAAUCAAUUUUUUUGCAAAAGUUUUACGCCUUUAUAAUUAUUUAUUUGUACUGAAUAAAUAUUUACGGGCAUACGCCUAAUUUUAACUUAUUAUGAUGAUUUACCGAUUAUAAGAAAUUUGAAACCGGGUAAAUGUAUGUAGAUAAUAUAAAUGUAACAUUGAACAAAAAACAACAUUAUGAUAACAACAAAUAACAGUAAGCAUGAUAUAUGAAGAUUAAUAAUGUAGAGAAGAUUAAUAAAUAAUAAUUAAUAGGUUGUGGAAAAAGUCGAAGGUGAAGUGGUUGUUACACAAUGUCGUUGUUUUUGAGAAGAGUCAGUAUUUGAAAAAAUCUGAAAUGUGAAUUGGGGUGUAAAAUAAUUUGGGGGAUCUGUGAAGAUGGAAAGCGACUUUAAAUUGGAUUAGAUUUAAUAAGUAAAAACGAAAUGAAUAAUACCGUUGAUAAGGUUGAGUCUAACGACUUACCUGCAGCAUCAUGUCUAGUAGCCAAUGUGAGGAGACCUAAAUGACUACGAAUAGAUGUAAUUAUGGGCUCUAACGGGUAUUUUAAUUUUAAGGCGUCAUAUUUUAAGAAAUGAUCAUAAACUCUUUCUACAGCCUCACGUUCUAAACAGGCGUAUGAUGGAUUCCAAAUAUUGGAACUAUACUUCAAAAUCGAUCAGACUGGAGCUGAAUCUAGGACUUCUCUAAAAUCUAAAUGAUUUUAGGUCACUAAUAGACGUUUUACGAAACCAAGUGAUUUAGAAACAUUCUUUAUGUUGUAUUAAAUUUGGUGGACAAAUAAUGUCGAAAUCUUUCAUAGAAGUUACAGAUUUAAAUUCAGAGUUGCUAAUAGUAUACAUAUAUAUUAUAAAAUACAUAUAAUAAACCCAUUUAGUAUACAUUUGUUAACCUUCAUGCUAAAAAGAUCACUAUUAUAUUAAACGAGUAUAUCAACUGCACUAUACUGAGUAGAUAUAUUUGUCUGAUGGUGUGCUAUUGAAAAAAUACACAAAAUUAUAAUAAUUAUUACGCUAUUAUAUAAUGUAUAUAUAUAUAUAUAUAUUAUACACCUGUUGUAGGUUUUGCUCUAAUAAUUAGUUUUACAAACAUAUGAAAAAAAAUAACUCUUAUAAUUUUUAAUACAUGCAGGUAUAUAUUGAACGUGUACACUGAAAGUAAAAAUUAUUACGUAUUUUUUUUUCUUAUUGUACUUGGUAAGCUGUUUUAGUAUACUUACUAUUAAAAUAAUUCUACUAUACUUACAUGUUUUUAAUUGUUAUUAUAAUUACCAUUGUAAUUGUAUAUUGUACAUGGUAUUUUAAUAUAGUCUUUAUUAAAACACACGACAUAGAAAAAUUACGAUAGUGUAAAAAAAAAAAAAGGUAAUAAAAUACUAAUAUUUUGUUUUAUAUUCUUUGUUUGGAUUAAAUAAUAGAAACUCUAAUACAGUAUAACUAAGUAAUUUAAAUAUAAUUUUCCACGGUAGCCGGCAGUGCAGGUAUGUAGCUACGCAUAGAUUAUUUAUUGUGUUAAAAAAAUGUACGUUGUAUAUUUUAUACGCGGCAUUAGUAUAGGUAAUAAAAUAUACCUACCAACAUCAGUAAUGAAUAAUAAUCAGUUAUCAGUAAUAAGAAGUCUAUAAUCACUGUUGAACGAUAACAACCGUCGUCGUGUCCUCUAAUUUGAUUUAUUUUUUUAUUCACAAGUAUAUUCGAGUUUAUUUUAUAUCGGUGACGUAUUUAGGAUAUUGUUGAGAUGCGAAAGAAAUAUUGAAUUUUGUGAAAAAUUUCGUAUUUUAUUAACGUACGCAGAUGUUAGAAAAUGAUGAAAUUUGAUCAUAAAAUUUGUAGAGGGUGGGAAGUUGAAAGUUUAAACCUCCAACAAAUACUCCCUGGCAUCAUUUAUUUAAUCUGUAGAGCUACAAAGCCAAAAAAAAACUAUUGACCCGCAACAAUACAUACCUAUAUUAUUUAAGUAGGUAAUUCACAUUUAAAUUCAACCAGACUUUUAUCACUUCAAUUCGCUUUGGUUCAGAGGGAACCGCUAUAAAUGUCCAAACGUAGCGGGAAAAAAAGAUACAUAUAUUUAUUACUUUAUAACAGACUCAAUAUAGUCUCUAUUUUAGUAAAAAAUUCGACAAAAAGAUCAAUUUUUAGAUUCGAAGCUGAACGAGGGAUCUAUUGGUUUUACUAUGAUGAGGAUUUUUUUUUUAAAUUUUUCUUCUUUAUCUACAAAUAACUUUUUAAACAGAAAACUCGCUUCAUUCGAAAAAUAAAAAAAAGAUACUUUAUUAUUACAUUUUGGAUCUAUUUGGUGCAUUGAGAAGGCUAUUUUUUGAUAGUUACAGGGGUCUAGUGGUGGUAUGUAUUUGUUAACAUCCUAGGGGUCGUAAGUUCAAACCCGAAUUCCGUAAAAAUAUUUUUGAAAAACCACGUCGGGCAGGUAACAGGGAAAUAGCAAACGAAUUUUGUUUCAAAAAAUAAAAUUUAGUAUAAUGUAGUACAUAAGUAGUUGAUAAGUUUUAAAAACAAAUUUUCAUGAAAAUCGUAAAUAUUACGGUUUUUCCAGACAUAUGUAACCGAACUUCACUCCAAAUCGUUUUUCGUUACCAAUGUUUUAUCGUUGCUUACAGAUAUACAUUAAAUUCCCAUUUGUAUCCUACCUUCCCAACUUCCCACCUACAACAAUGGUUGCACCCACGUGCGAAGUAUGUCAGUCUUUUUUAUUUAAAAAGGUGUGUAGGUGAUGGCUUGGUCAGCUUGAUGUACAUUAAAUAUUCAAGUAGAAAGUAGGUACUUGAAAUAGAACAUUCAGUUGUUUUGACAAAAGGCAAUUUAUUUAAUAAUAACAAUAGAAUAGAAUAUAUACGUAUAAAUACUUUUAUGUACAUAGGGUGUUUUAUCAAGGAAUGAGCGGGUGGACGGGUCAAAUAAUUUGUCCACACUCAUUCAUGAAGUAAAUUUGUAAAACCACUUCUGAUGUCAGGGGCAUAUCCGGGAAUUUUUUUCUAGAGUUUGAUCAGUUACAUAUCAGUAUAUCACAUUACUAUACUCGUGUAACAAAAAUUAAGUAUUAAAAAAAAAACUGUUCAGAAUAAUAAUUUAUGAUUUCCUGAAAUUCCGGGGGAGGGGGGGUUUUACCCAGUAAUCAAAGUCAUUGGCUGCAGUAUUUUGGUUAUGUUAAAUCUUGUUUUAAACAAGAAAAUGUAUAGGUACUUUUUCGGAAGUUUUUUUUUUGUUUAUAUAUUACCAAGGUGAGCGUUACGUUUUUAAUUUUCUGAAUAUAAAAGAAUCGUAGUAGCCAGUAGUAAGUAGUCGUAAACAUAAUAGAAAAAAAAAAUAAACUGAUCGAAGGGGAGAUAUUUUUUUAUAUCUCCCUAAUGUCCCCUUUAAAUACGUCGCCAUUUUGACAUAUUAUUUACGACUUCUAUAAAAUAAUUACUUAUGACAAUUUACAACCAUGGUUAUUCGUUUUUUUUUUUUAUGUAUACAUUAUUAUUAUUAUUACUAUUAUUAUAGUGUUUUACACAAAGUCAAUUAUAUUAUGGUUUUUGAACAAAACAAAUAACGAACAAUAAAUAAAACAAAAUGUAUAUUUUUCAGGUAAAAAAUAAAUAAGUUAUAACUCCGACACGUUUAUGAGCUUGGCACCUGCACGUACCUAUAUAAUAUACAUUAUUGUCAAUUGUUAUACGCAUAAAACCGUAUAAUAUUCUCCGAAUUAUAAUUUUAAAACGUCUCUGUACGUUGUCGGCGGAAAUUUAAACUGUACGCGAUUCGUAUAUAGUAGCGUAUUUAAGGGGUGAUUAGAGUGGUAUUAAAUCUAUCCCCCUUUGAAUUUUUUUUUGAUUUUUACAAAUUAACUUUUUUCAUCUAUCAACUUUCUGUAUCACACUUAAUGUAAACGAAAAAUAACAGAUUGUAGAAUUUAAUAAUAAAAAUAAAAAUAGAUAUAAUAAUCAUACUGAAAUUGUAAAUCGAUCUACUUUUCUGUCUAGUCUACAAUUUUCUACUUGAUUUAUUACGAUUAAAAAGGUAUAGUGUCAAAACAUUUAAAUCCGAUACGUUUUCCUCCUUGACAAAAUCCUAAAUACGCCUCUGAUUGUGAUAAAUCAAUAAUAAAUAUUAUGACCUAUGACAGUGGUGACCUACCUUUUAUUUAUAGAGGACUAUAAAAAAAAAAAUAAAAAUAAAACUUUAAACUUUUAUUUUUAAGUUAAUAGCGAAUAUAAUUUUUUUAUUGUACAUAAUAUCGGUACGGUGAUAUAUUUAAUUAUUUAUUAUUAUUGUUGUUGUAAAUGAAAAAAAUAUGUAAAAUAUAAACAUAUCUUAUUUUAAUGUGAGUAUUAGUUUUUAAAAUUCGAAGUUAUAUUAUUUGUUCAAUUUUGAUUUAAUAUUUUGGUAGGCUGAUUAAUAAAUGAUUGCGGGCCGGAUUUGUUCCGCGGGCCGUAGUUGGUCACCACUGACCUAUGAUAAAAACCUAGAGACUUUCGUGUAAUAGUUUUAAAUCUAUUACGGCUCAUUAACAAAACAAUCGGCUUUUCAUUAAUAUGCAUAAAAGUAGUAAAAGUAACGGAAAAUAAAAUCAAAAUAAAUGUAAGCGCUACUCUUAUCUAGGUAUAUCUAGUGUUAUAAUUAAAUAUGAUAGAACAUAAUAUACUUUUUUUGUUAUAUUUUAUAGCGAUCUAAUGGCUUGAAAUUACAUAAACAAAUGAAAAAAAUAACAAUAAAGUCUAUCAGUACAUUUUUUAUGGCAAUUUCCAAAUAGUGUCCACUAUCAAGUAUAAUGGACUCGAUUUUGCCUACCUUACAGUGUCCAUCAGAUACUAAAUGUUGAAUUAGUAGAUUUUGUAACAAAAUAUUAUAUUUUACACAUAUAUAGGAAAUUCUCUUAGUGGGGGGAAGUAGGGGUAACUGGGGAAAGUCCAGAAGUUAAGAGGAAAGUUUGGUCAGCUAUCUGCUCGUGGAGUUUUUUUUAAUGGAGGAGCGAAUAGAAACAACGCACUAAAAAAAAUAUCCCUGGCGUCUAUAUUCCUAAAUUUGCUGAUGUCAGUAUAUUAUAAUUCACUCCGUGCAUAAUUGAUAUAAUAAAAGACCACUAAGUUUCUACUCCGUACGUCGGACGUCUGAACUUCGCUAUAAUCAGUGGCGUAACUAGAGCUUCUAAUACCCGUGGCAAAAUAUUGUAUAAAAGCUUAUCUGAUAAGCAAGAAAAAAAGUCAUUCAAAAAGACCCUCACCUGUGUCCAAUAAUGUUUUGGGCUUUGGUCAAGGCUACUGCUAAGGCCCUCUUCAGUUGUGGGCCCGUGGCGUUUUCUCACUUUGCCCACCCAGUAUUUACGCCACUAGUUGCAAUACGUUCGUAAAUGUAGAUUAUAUACUAUAUAUCAGUGGUUUUCAAUAUUUUUAGAACCACGACCACAUGGUUUCACUUUUCAGAAAAUAGUUUAUGAACAGCUGGGAAAAUCAAAAAAUUACCUAACCAUCCCAGAAAUUGUUGGUAGAAAAUUUGUUCACAGACAAAAAAAAAAAAUAAAUAAACACUAUUGUAAAACUAAUAUGUUCCUAGCUCCGCUCACAAUCUAAAAUGAUAAAUUUCUUGGAAUCCACAUAAUUCAAAACAAUGUUUGCCACCCACCAAAAAUUUUCUUGGGACUUACCAGUGGAUCGUAACCUACAAUUUGAGAAACGCUGACGCUAACUUAUAAUAUAUAACAAUAUAUUAUAUUUUAAGGGUCUUUGCGAUAUUCUAUAGACUUACUUUUAGUCUAAUUUAGUUUAUUGAUAAAUAUCAAUGCUAAAGCAUGCUGUGGCUAAUACAGUAUGAAAAACACACACAAUUUGAAUGUACUCGUACUUCGCGUGAUUCCGCGUGACAUUUUAUUCAACGCACUUUUUGAAACCUACAAAAACCUAGUACACUUACUUUCUGGGCACGCCUCGCAUUUUUCGAUUCGCGAUGAUUUGUGAUUGUGAUUCGCGUGAUAAUUAUCAACACAUCAUUGCGUCGUCGUCUGUCAUUAAAUUUACUCGUCAUUAUCGUAAAAAAGUAAAUAUAAAUAACAAUAAAAUAAAAUUCAAUGUAAUAUAAUAUUUUAAUUUCGAAGCAUCGCGUUAAUGUGAAUAUUUUUUUUAUUACAUAAUUUCUAUAAAUUAUUAUAGUUAUUAAACAGUAAAACGUGAACCAUUAGAAUAUAAAUAUAUAAAUAUUUGUUAAAGCCCCCUCGUAAAAUCAUUUACCGAGUAAACAAAAUCGAUAAAACUACGUAACGCGUGUAUUAAUUUCACGCCAAGCAGAACCUUGCCAAUAAUUUAAUAAUGUAUAAAAUAAUAUAGUUAGGUUUUAAUAUAUCUUAUUACAAAUUAUUUGUCUAUUUGUUAAAAAUUUAAAUACUUUUUGGCCCGUAUUAAAUGUUUAAAUAGUUUCAAAGCUAUCAACCAAUACAAUUGUAUUGACAUAAAACCAAAGAAAAAAGAAAAACUGGCAAAUGUCAAAUACCGAUAAAUAGCUCUCAAAAAUUAUCAGAACGUUUUGAAAAAAAGUUACUAUAUUAAUCUAUGUUAUAUUUCUAUAUUGGAAAAGUUGUUUAUACAAAAAAGGGCUACCAGGGUUUUAAUACAUCUUCUGUAAUUUGUUUUGGUUUUUAAAUACAUUAAAACCCAAUAAUCAUAUCUACUCCUCCUCCUACCUUAUAUCACGGUAUCGGUAGACUAUCCCACUCAUAGUUCAGAUAUACAUAGUGUUACAUAAUUACCUUCCGGUAACAAAAAGGAAUCGAAUAAAAAAUGUUCCAUCAAAAUAGAUAAAAUAGUUCUCGAGAUUUUUUUUAACGUACAAGCAAAUGGUAGAGACGGGGUUGGAAGUUAUUCAAACUUUCUAAGGGUACAUCCUCGACAAUAUUUUUAUCUAUGUAUACAAAUUUCUACUCAGUUACUUAUUUUUAUAAGUCUACUAUAGUGGUAUUUAAAACCGGUGUAUCCUAAGAAAACGUAAAAUUUGAGAAUCACACAAAAUCACCUACCCGCAAAAACAUGGUGAAAUUCAUAAAAAGUGAAAUUCAAUCAAAAGUGUAUCACUUGACUCCGCCUAUAAAACUUUAAUUCCCAAGUUUAAGCUCAAUUGGUAUAGAUAGAGCUACUAAAAGUGUACAAAAAUAUCGAGAAAAUGAUUUAUAUACUCACAAACGAAACAAACGGAAAUACUUCGCACGAUUGGUGGACCACUGUUUUAGAUGAGAAGUUGGGAAGGAAGAGGGGAAAUGAAACGAUUAAUCAUUUCUAACGAAAAACGAUUCUGAGCAGAGUUCGGUUAUACAUAUUUUGAAAGGUCAUAAUAUAUAUGAUUUGAAAACAGUAUAGGUAUAUUUCGUAAAUUCUCACGGUUUUCCCCAUUUAUAAUGAAAACCCUUGGGAAAAAACAAUUCCCUUAAAAAACCAUUCCAGUCAAAUUAAAUGAAGUACACUUGAAAAUCGAAGCAAAAUUUCUGAUUAAAAAUUGUUUAGAGAAGAAAAAAAAAUUAAAAAAUGAACCUCAUUGUAAACCAGUAUAUUAUAUAUUGCCCUCCUUAUUCAGAAUAUAAAAUACAGUGCAACAUUUUCCACUAUAAUAUUCUGGGAAGAUCCGAUAAAAAAAAAGCUCACGUCUUAUUAUUAUCAAAUAGAAUAUUAAGCGUUUUCGAAAAAAACAGUAAAAUAAUAAUAUGAAUAAAAAUAAUACUUGUUUAAAUUUAAAUUUUAGUCCAGAUUAUGCAUAAUAUAAUAAUACAGUAAAAACAUAUUUUGACAGCAAUAAUACAUAAAGUACAUAAAUAAAAAAUGUAUAUAUAAAAAUUAAAUAAAUAAAUGAACCAAUGCGUAGCCUGGAGUAUUAUGCAACCGGUUUCGAAUUAAAAAUUUAUCAUCAAGUAUAUCACAGUCAAAAUGUAAAUUUAUUUAUUUUAUUUUUAUACAUACAUUUUUUAUUCAUACUAGGUGAUUCAUUUAAGUGGGUAAACUCAUUAUCUCGGAAAGUAUUAACUUUUUAUGGAAUUUGUUUUCUAGAAUAUUUAAGAAACGAGCUGCUCCACAAAUUUAUAUUUGUGUUAUUUUUUGGUGGUAAAACAACUACUUACUUUUGAUUUUCAAGUGGCAAUCUAUAUUGAAAAGUCUAUAAAUAGAUUGAGUAUUGGUUAAAAUAAAUUUUAGUGUUGAAAAUUUUAAUGUCCAUAUUUUAAUAUAUGAGGUAUUCCACUUUUAAAUUUAGGUUGGAGGAGAGUAGUGGAGUAUCAUUAGUGUGACGGUACGGCGUGCGGCGUGUUUAAUAAUGCACUACUAUUCUUCUCCAACCAAAAAAUUAAAAGUGGUAUAUCUCAUCAACGGCUUGACAGAAAUCAAAAAGUUAAACACCAAAAUGUAUUUAAACUAAUACCAGUCUAUUUAUGGACUUUUUAAUAAAGGUUACCGUUUGAAAAUCAAAAGUAGUUAAUUGUUUUAAAUGUGUUUGGCGCGACAACCGAUUUAAGGUAUACUUAUAAGUAUUGUUACUAAAAGAAACGUAUAAGACCUAUAGUUGUUUCCAAGGAACACGCGAAAAAAUGAUAAAUAUCCGUACCAUAUUAUAUAGGGUGAUCAACAUAACGUGAGUCACUAUCAUAUUGUGUCUCGGAAAGUAUUAAUUUUUGCCGGAAAAAUUUCGUGUUUUUUUUGUUUAGAAAAUGUAAAAACCAAGCGGCUUUUGUCGACCUCAUUUCGGAGGUGAUGCCACCACUAUACCCGUUUUUGAUUUUCAAAUAGCACCUCAACAUUAAAAAGAUAAAUAGAUACUUAUUAGUAGGCAAUUUUAAUUUUAUCAGUACACAACGAUAAAACAUUGCUAAUGAAAAACAAUUCUGAGCAGAGUAUUAUUAUAUUCGUAUUUUUCUCUUGUUACCAAGGGAUACCUAGGGAAUCAAGGAUUUAAGUCAAUUUUCGAUAUUUUUUUUUUAUUAUUGCAUUUUAUCUAAUCUUUUCCUCUUUAUGUUUUGGUUUAAAUGGCAUAAGAGUAUUCAACACAUGUAAUUAAACGUUAUUGGUACUAAACAUUAAAAUACCUAUCUUAAAUCCUUAAAUAUACAUUUUUCUUUACAAAAAGAGCAUAAUCAAUUAAAUUAUGUGACUCAAGCCAUUUAGAAUGCAAUAUUUAGAUUAGGCCAUAUAGCAGUUUUUAAAAUUUAACUUUAAUCGACUUUGCCUUUCUUCUCUGGAGGCAAAUAACAUUAUGAUUAAAAUAAUAUGCACUAAUUGGACCCCCAUUUAAAAACCGACAUAUCUCAAAGUAGUUCGAUAUCUUUUAAACAAGUCUAGUUAAACAUUUUCACACCAAAACAUUAGUUAACUAAAGUAAACUGUUGGUUUAUCAAAUAUUAAAUAUAUAGAUUGCUGUUUGAAAAUCAGAAGAGGGUAAAUGGUGUUAGUUUAGCCUUGUUGACUAUUAAGUAUAACUUAUAAUGAAACUCCCAUUCAAUUUUUAAGCAUUUCUAUUUGGUCUAACAAUUUUAUUCAAUGAGUACCUAAACCGAAUAAAAUGACGUAAAAAUCUCGUAAAAUAAAAAUGUCUAUAAAUAGCUCAAAAAUGGCUCAGAUGUUUUUAACAUUUUACUACGUCUAAAACAGGCAAAUAGGCAAAUAUAAGUUUCUACGAACAUUUUUAACUGAAUUCUGAAACCGUUUUUCACACUUUUUUCUUGAUUUUUCCCAAUCAUUAAGAAAACUGCUUGGAAAAUCUAAAAAUAACCUUCCUAAAUUACCAACUAGAUAAAAUUCCCUUUCGACAAAGGUGAUAUCAGAGCAAGAUUAUUAGCAGAAUUUUUGUACAUGGUAUAAAAAAUAAAAAAAAUAAUAAACAUCAUUAUAAAGCCAAUAUGUAUUUUUCGUUUCUCUCAAAAUUUUUAAGUACCUUAAUAGACGAUACAAGUCAAGUUACGAACUAGAAUUGACACAAGAUUCACGAUGCCAGUAUCAAAGACAGAAAUAUGCGUACAGUUUUUCAAUUUCCAUUAUUAUUUCGAUGAAUAAUGUGUUAUAACCAUUACCACUGAUAAUUAUUUAAAGUGAAUGAAAUGAUUAUAAAUAUAGCCAUAUUAUACAAAUACAGAAUAAGGAAUAAAAGUACAAAACAAAAUGUAAUAAUAAUCGAUAGCGUAAAACAUCAUUGAUCAUCAAUAUAAAGAACAUAUAUUUAUUAGAUGUUUUUUAAAUGUUACGUAUAAUGUUAUACCUAGUUGUCUGAACCAGUCAACUGCAAUAACAGCAUAUUUAGAGUUUUCGUUGUUGGAUUUGGAAUUGUACCAAACAAUGUUUGAGUAUCUUGUUGUAGGUAUCCUUUGACAUAAAAUAAUACCGUAAUAAAAAUAUGGUAUUUGUGGUAUUGCCCAACCCUUAUGAUGAUGAUAUAGUGUCUUACGUUACGAUGUUGAUCACUCUACAUAUUAUUAUAUGCGAAUAUAUUACAAUUUAUUUGGGUGUAGGUACGUUCUAAAGCAAACAACAUAAACAACGAAGACUUGAACCGUGUUAUAUUAUUACCCACAAACACGGUCGUUGUUGGUCACAGUCUUCGGGACAACGACGACGGCGGUGCGUGCGUACAGCCUAACCGCACAUGUUUAUGCAUAUUAUUGCAUUGUUCGAAACCGUGGGUAUGCUCGUGCAUAAACGUAUUUUAAUUUUUUUUUUCUCUGUUAUCAUAAUGAAUAAACCGAUGGGUAUAGAAAAAAAAAAAACUAACCUUUUUUUUUUUUUUGUUUUUUAAAAGUCAAACACGAUUUUUCGACCAAUCUAUUGUUGUAUUCCGUUUCGGUAAUUCCUAAUUCAUAAAAAACUGUCACCUAAAAAGGGUCCACAGAACUCGCAUGUAUAAUAAAACGUACGAUUAUACAAUUGACUGCUCCUCCGCUCGUUUAUUACCGCUCACGUCACCGUUGUAUAAUAUUAGCGAAUAACAACUAAUUUUUUUUUUUUUUUUAUAUAGUACUAGUAUGUGUGUAGGAGUUUAGUUUUUUUUGUAAUAACCUUUGCCACUUGACCUUUGCCACAUGACCUUUGCCACACACGUCCGCCGACUACACACGUUUGAAAUAUAAAUGAAAUACGGGAACAAUUUGACCAUUUUUUUUAUCUAUAAAUUAAACUGUCAAACUGACCUGAAAAGGGUUUGAAACAAAAAUGUACGAAAACAUAAAUUUCCCUUCACAGUUACAGGCAUAGGACUGAAAUUAAUUAUUAUUAAUUUAAAUCGCUCAUCAUUGACAUGGUUAGAAAUAAAUAUUUUUAAAAUAGAUUAUUAAAGACUAUUUUUUUUUCAAAUUAUUACUACUAUGAUUAAUAAUUAUUUUAUACUUUCUAUGCUUAUUCUUAAAAAAGAACCUGCAAAAUGCUGGCAAUCGAUUUUUGAGUACCUAUACAUAAGUUUGUAAUACAUUUUUUUUUUUUUUUUUGGUAUUUUGUUGGUCUCGCGUUUGUAUUCUGUACACAUUAAAAUAUAAUGAUCCGUUUGUAAUUACUUCUUUAAACAUCAAGGAAUAUAAGCGUUUUCAAAACUUUAAACAUAUUUUUUUUCAAAUCUUUUUGGUUGAAACACCUUUUUUUUUUUACCCCAAGUGUAAUUUAACUUAAAAAUAAUAUUAUAUUAUCUUCUCAUCUAUUCUCGAUUAUUUAUAGGUUCGUCCACCUUUUACAUCCUAAAUCUCCAUCACCUGACACGAUCCCUCGCGUCAUUGACAUUGCACACUGCCACAGUUCUUAUCGUCGCUUUCGAUCGUACCUAUCAAAUCAUUUCCUUUUCGGUCUUCUUUUUAGUCUCCCCUCCCCGUUCUUCCAUAUUCAUUAGCAAAAACAUUUAUAUCACUUUGACUCUCCUUGUAUAUUAAUUAAUUGUAGUGCCUACACAAAUCACGAGGACCAACCCAAUCGUAAUUUAACAAUCAAUUAUCACGUCACGUCGGACGAAUGUUGUUCGAACUAUAAUAAUAGAUAUUUGACACCAAUUUGUGUUGAUGGUCAAUAAUGUUGCAAUGUGCGCAUAAAUCGAACCACUAAUAAAACGUACACUGUAAAAACACAAUAAUUUAGAUUGGGCAAAUAAUAAAAAUAACUGAUCGUGGAAUGAAUUAUUAUUAAUAUUUAAUUUUUAAUUUUUUUUUUUUUUUUUUUAUCAUAGCACUGAAAGAAGCUUUAAAAAACGUAUAUUUUCCAAAAAAAGGUAUUUACUUACGUAUAAUAGUAUUACGUUAUUAUAAUUGUAAUUUUCAUAAUUUAAUAUAACUAUUAAAAUAUCCAACUAUGAAAAUCUCGUUUAAUUCACGUUAUUAUUUAGAAAUAGUAUCACAAAUAUUUGAGUUGAUGCUUAUAUGGAGUGUGCGGUCAGUGUAACAGUGUAAUAAUUUUUUAGUUAGUAGAUAGGUAUGCACUUGUUUUUUUUAUCUUAUCUAGAUCAAUGAGGAAUAAUUUACCUGAGUCUAUUGCAAAUAAUUGAAUGAUCUAGAUAAAUCUUAUUAAAUCGUAAUUUAUACAUUUAUUAUAAAUAAUUUAUAAAUCACGAUUUAUUAUAAAUAACAGGUAAAAUAUUCGUGUACAUUAACAAUAUGGACCAACAAGUGUUGUUUUUUAUCACGAACACUAUAUGAAUAAUUAUGAUGUAUUAAUAUUCAUUAUGUAACGUCAAUUUUGUGCGAAAAUAGUUAAUAACUAAUUUAAUAUAAUUAAAUUAACCAAGAUUUAUAAUAAAAUCAACGUAGUGGUACCGAUCUUAGCAGAGUCUGCAAAUUUCGGACCUCUUAUAGGCAAAUACCUCUAAUAAUAUGUCCACACGUUAAUCCAGGCCUGCUAAAAUUAUUGUGUACAUUUUAUCCUCAUCUAAAUAAUUUUUAUAGCAAUUAUUUCUUGUAUUUAUUUGGAUAUCUUAAAAUACAUUUUUAUAUGACUUGUGGUGAUGCACGGUAGUACAUAGACAAUGCACUUACAAGUCUUACAAAGAUAUACAUAUACCUACCCAAUAUGUGAUAUAUCGGAAAGUAUUAACUUUGUUUGAAUUGUUUUUUUUUUUGAAAAUUUAAGAAACAAACAGCACUAAGAUUUCAUAUUUUAUAUUUGUCACCCCUUGUUUUUAGGAAUGAAACCACUACUCACUUGUGAUUUUCAAAUAUUCAAAAUUACAUAAAUAGAUAAAAUGUUAGUUUAAAUACAUUUCGUUGUUGACCUUUUUAAUUUCCGUAAAAUUUCACUUUUAAAUUUGGUUACAAGGCGAGUAUCUAAUGAAGUUAGUGUUGCGGUUCGGCGACCGUCGUUUGAAUAACAUUCUGCUACUCUCCCCCUACCUAUAAAACGGCAAACUUAGUUAAAUAACAAGUGAAAUAGAAUUUUCAACAGAUUGUCGGGAAUUAAAAAUGGCAUAUAUUUAUGGAAUUUUAAAUAUAGGUUGCUACGUUUUAGUUCAAAUACAUUUUGAUGUUGAAAUGUUUGAUUUCCGUCGACGAGAUGUUUCACUUUUAAGGUUUCAUCCCCUAAAUAAGGAUUACAAUAAAUAACGAAAAUGCAAAAUCGUAGAGCGCUAAUAUUUUUUCUUAAACGUUCAAAUAAAUACAUUUCGACAAAAUCAUAAUACUUUUCGAAAAGUCGAGUGUAGACACUUAAAUGAUUCACCCUGUAGUAUAUGUAUUGAACGUGACAAUUAAACAGUUAUACCAUAUUAUUGUUUGCAAACAGGUGUAAUGAAGCACGGCGGAUGUCGGAAGGUGGUAUCGUUAUGCCUUCAUGCGCAGCUGCCAAUAACAACAACAACACCAGCAAUAAUAACAACAACGGGACCGGGAACGGUAGCAGCAGAACGACGUUCGUGCCCAGGCGCAAGUUCAGUUUUCCCGCGGUCCUACACUCUCAAAUCCUACAUUCCGAUUUGGGCGGCGUCGGCGGCUUCGGCGGCGGUGUCGGCAAUGUGGGCGGCGGAAGCGGCGGGCCGUCACUCACCGUGGCCACGGCCCGCCGGCGGUUCAGCAACGUCAGCGACGUGGUGUCCCGUAAACUGUCUCACACGAUUGGCUGGCGCACGGCAGUGCCGACGGAUCAGAUAGCGAGACAGGGCAAGGCGCUAUGCGUCCAGUACGUCCGAUGGAAGUUAAAACGGGCGGGCGCGUACACGAAAAAGUGUGCCGGAGCGUUGCGUUGCGCCGGAGCCGAAGCCGGAGCGGCGGCGGCGGCGGCAGCGGCGGCGGCAACUGCGGCGGCUGCGGACGGUAGUUAUUUCAUACCGCCGCAGACCGGUACGAGCACAACGGCCGUCGGGGGCGACCACGAUGACGGAGUUCGGCGGGAAGUGUUUCCCGCCAUGCUCCGAGUCGGUCUCCAGCUGGAGCGGAUCGACCCGAAACUGUACGCGGCCGGGGUCGCCGCGAUAGCUGCGGGCACGGUGGUGAGUGAUUCUUCGUCUCCUGAUGCACCCGCGGCGGCGUUAUCGUCGACGCAACACCGGCUGCUGUUGCACCGUCCAGCCUACUGCAACAGAAGGAACGCGAUGCAGCCGUCGGCCACGGCGGCCGUCGUCCUGGUGGCCGUGUCCCGUGAGCUUUUCCGAGCUGGCGCCCAAGUCACCUGGGCCAAAGUCGUGUCGCUCGUGUGCGUGGCCGCCGGGCUGGCCGUCGAUUGCGCGCGCCGCGGUCGCUCCGAGCAGUUACCCGACCUGAUCGAGGCCGUCGGCGAAGUGAUCGAAGACGACCUGGCCGCUUGGAUACACUACAACGGCGGAUGGGUCAGUAUAUUAUUAUGCUAAAUUGUGAUUAAAUGUCUUAUUUCAUCCCCGUGCACGGAAAAAGCGUCCCGUGUGGCAAUAUGUAGUUAGCCGAUGGAUGAAUAAUUAUUAGAAACCAUUUAACGCAUAAUUCUCGAUUAAAAUUAAAAUCAAAAAUAGCCGAUACUGGGUAUGGGAGCGAACACUGUUGUAGGUGAGAAGUUGGGAAGUAGGAUACAUGAGGUUACUUUAUUUGUAUCUGCAAGCAACGAUAAACUAUUGGCGAAAGACGAUUCCGAGCGCAGUUCGUUAAUAGUAAUGUAAUGUUAUACCUGUAAACGAUGAAACCAUUGCUAACAAAAAAAACGAGUUCAGUUGACAGUGAUGCUUUGUCAACAAUAUAUAUAUAUAUAAAUGUCAUAUUAUAGUAAAUUAGUUAAAUAUGCGUCAUUCAUUUUUUUUAAUAUUGAUCGGAUUUCCCCUUUUUUCCUGCGUUUUUCCGGUUUUUCACAUUCUGUCUACCCAAUUGGAAAUGUCUUCUAAAGCUUUAGCAACUGAGUCAAAUAGUUCUAAAAACAUCAUUAUUGAUUCGUGUCAUUCCACCCAUCUAGUGAGACAUAAAUCUUUUAAUUUUUUUUUUCUUGUUCUCUGGCGCGAUUUUAUCUAUAAUAUAUAUCUUGACUUUUAGGCGUUUCAAGAAAUAUUUAAAUAACCUAUAAUGUAUCUGUGGCGUUCUGGAUUGAUUUCAUGUUACAAGCAUCCGAUAUUGCUAAAUUCAAUGAACGUAAACUACAAUGGGAAUAUAAGGCUAAUGAGUAUGACCGUCUUACAACUGCUUGUACCCCAUUAAAAUGGCCGCGCAUGGCGGAAGCCCCAUCAUAAUCUUGCUCGCGUAAAAAAUUUAAGUCUAGACCGAUAUUUUUUAAGCUGUCUAUCAAAACUACUGCUAAACCAUUACCUGUAGCAUCAGCAACAGACACAAAUUUGAGAAAAUCUUCUCUCAUCGUAUUGGUAUCACUAUCAUAAUAUCAUAAUAUUUACUCUGAUAGUCUGAUAAGGAGCGAAUGGUAACUGCGUUUUUAUCGUUUAUAUUAUAUAGUCAAUCGGAGUACAUCGUGCUCUAUUAUAAUUUAUGAGAAUUACCUAUGCUAUUUAGUGUGAAAUUAACUCAAAGCUGAUACUCCAAAACACAGAUAAAUUACUUACUUUCAUAGAAAUUCAGUCUAAUGAGUAAGUUCAGAUUUUAGUGAAAAUGUAACAAAAUACGGACGAUGGCGGGUGUUCUAACACCCAUAUCAAACCCCCCCCCCUAACACGCCUUUGGCUGAUAAUGCAAAUUGCUUUUGAUUCUAAACAUUAUAGUUGAAACAAUAAAGCAUUAAAAAUCCGCGGUUAGCUUGUUUUUGCCAAAAAUGCCGUUAAGGGCCCUUUCUGCAUGAUCCAAAUCAUUUAAUAUAUAUUAUAUUAAAUAUAAGCUGAUCAUUUUGUCAUGAACCAGCAAUUUUUUUGGAAAAUUUAAGUGAAUUUGAUUUUUUUUUUUUUGUAUUGGAAUCGUUUAUUUUACCACUGUUUUUAAUUUGUUACCCCUACUUCUUAUACAUGAAAUGAGUAUGAAUUUAAAAAAGUAACAUCCCCCCUCUUUCAAUCAACACUAAUAUCAGAUUUACCGCUGUACACAUCAACAUUUUUAGACGAAUAUAAAAUAGAUGUACAAUUUAAUAAAGCAUUAAAUUAAUCAUACACACAUAAAAUCCUCCGGGAAAAUUGCUGGUUCAUGAUAAAAUUAUCAUUAUAAUCGAAAUGUUAUGUACCUAUCAGACACGUAGCCAGGGGGUUUAUGGGACCUGAAUCCCCCUCCCCUGCGCUGAAAUUUAAGAUUCUCACCGAAAAAUCAGAUUUUUGGUACAAUUAUUGGUAGUCGGUGAUAAAUUUUAUGCUUGGACCUUCCUCCCCAUGAAAAAAAUCCUGGUUACGUACCUGGCACCUAUAUGUAUUUACACAUAAAUACUCGAACUAGCCAUCAUCUACAAAUAAUUACUAUAAUAUUAUGUUGGUAUACAAACAAAUAAUAAAAGUAUUCGUGUUCGUUGAAUUUAUGUUUCGGAGAUAUGUUUUUAUAGUUCAACUUUUCAACAAGUUGUUUUAAAUAAUAUUUUAAUGCGUUUUCCAAACGAUUAAUUCCGUUUGAUUUUAUGUGUUUUUUAAAAAAAAAAAAAAUAUGUUAUUUUGUUUUCUUGAAUUACAUGGCGGCAGUCCUGAAGUAAUUAACUACGCGCAGACGUUGAAAAAAUGACGUUAUUAUUAACCAGUUGCCCUUUUACAUUUUGGAAUAAGCGUAUAAAAAAAAAAACCAAGUUCACACGAGUAUUUCGCCUCGUGUUUUGAUUAUCAUAAAAUUAUAUUACAUUAUGAAAUGCACAAGUUACGCAUGGCAGGUAUAACUGCAACGGUGUUUUAAUUGAAAAUAAUUUAAACAACGGAUCGCGUGUCGAAAAUUGGAAAAAUACUCGUAAAAUGAACGGAGCUAUAAGACUAAAAAAAAAAAAAAAAAACGCGCGUCACUUGCAAUUAUUGAAUUCAAGGUACAAAACCCUAAUUUAAUAACUCUACUGCAGCACGUUAAGUUUUUGUCCGUACAUACAUUUUAUUUUAGAUUCUAUACUGUGAUAGAUUUAUUAUGGAAUGUUUUUUCAUAACGGUUUCUUGUGUAAAAAAAAAUGAUACCUAUUGUCUAGUUGACGUGAUGAAGAGGUCAUUUUUUUUAUUUUCCUUGUUGUUUUCUUAAUGAUGGAUAAAACCCGAGAAAAACGUUGGAAAAACUGUAAUAUUUACACAAUAUAACUGUUUCAGUUAUAUUCGAUUUUAUUUUAAAUUCCGAGUGGAGCGAAGAAUUUAUUGGUUUUACAAAGAUGUUUUUUUUUUUUUUUUUUUUUUUAUGUGAACACUUUUUUUACCAGAAAGCUUACUCCGAUGUAUUAUACGGUGUAGAUCUCUUUCUGAUAGGAAAUUUUCUUGGGGUGGUAAUUUAAAGAAGUCAUUUUUCCGGUUUCUCAUCAAAUGUGAAAAACCGAAAAAACUGAGAAGACCGAAAAAAUGUACGAAAUACAUUAGAAUAUUGUGAUGUUUUUUUCUAUAAACAACUAGCAAUUUUGUUCCGAUUUAUAAUGAUAGCACUUUUUCUCAAAGGAAAUCUGACUGGGAAGGUACUAUAUUAUUAAAGAAAAUAUACGAAGUCUAACCAAUAAGUAAUGAGACUAAUUCAAUAAAAUACGUAUAUUUAAAUAUUAAGAUACAUCGAUGUGAUCCCCUUCAAAGGCUUUCUGUGGGAUUUGAUAUCUCGGCUGCAACGCGACAAAUUUGCGAAUCUUGAAGAUUUUAAUACAUUCAACAAUGUAAUACACAUAAUUAUGAUUUUACACGCAAUAAACGUUGCGGUUAAAUUUAUUUAAUUACUUUCGUUAUUAUAAAUAAUAAUUUAUAAUUUAUAAAUAUACUAUACGUUUAUUAUAAUUUAAAUGUAAAAAGAACUCAAAAGCCGAGUGAAUCAGUGUCAAGUGUAUUAAUUUAUUAGCGAAAAACGAUUCUGAAAGAAGUUUGGUUUAACAUGUUUUGUAAAACCGUAAUAUUUACGAUUUUCUUUAAAAUUUGAUCUUGAAACAAUAAUAAUAAUAAACAAAUUGUUUUCCGGUCAUUCCCAAUUAUUUUGAAAACCCCUUGGAAAAUCAAAAAAUCACCUCUCUAAUACACUAGACAUAAUUCCUAUGUAACUAUAAUACGUAUUAACUAUGUAUAAGUUCUAAAAACCGGUUUAAAAUUUAAACAAAAUAAUUAAAAUAAAACAAAUCGAAAACCGGAAAAAAUUAAAAAUCCGAGCAAAAAUAUGUCAAUCGGAUGCUUAUUUAAGAGGAGAGGGGGGGGGGGGGGGUUCGUUGCGUAGUAGCAUUUACAAACUAAUACUACUGAUACACAUCUCCCUAAUCUCCUCCUAUUAAAUACGCCACUUUUAAAACAAUGUCGGUUUGUAGAUAAAAUUAUCGAUUAUUUGAAUUGUAAAUUUCUGUGUAAAUUAUUGCAUAAUAUUAUUAACCGAUUCCGUUUGCGUUUAAACAUUCCAUCAAACCAAUCACGUUCAAGAAAUAAAUCGUAAUAAUAUUUUAUCCUUCAGCAAUUGACAAAAAAGUACAUGUUAUACAUCCGGCGAAUGUUUUUGCGUCCACGAGAAGUUCGAUUCAAAAUUUAGACAUAUUAAUUGACAUACUCAAUUAUUCAAUGUGUCGAAUGUUUCAUCCAGUAAAUACUACUUAGCUACUAUUUUUGCAUUGUUUCACUGUGUUCUCGUAAUAAUUAUAUUAUUUUGAACAGUGUAUUGCGGAUUCCAUGACUCAAUAUAUUAAUUUUCUUGUACAUGAAUUGAUUACCGUCAGAUUAUUAGUUGCACGACAAUUUAAACGGCCGACUUAGUUUUAUUAUAUUUAACAUUAUCAGAUCAUUUCUCGCGACGUGUUCAUAAUAUACACUGUCGAUUUGUUAUUUGAAAAUUGGAAAUUAAUUUCCGUAAAUAAAAUUAUCAUUAUUAUUUUUAUUGUUAAUUAUGCUUGGCUCGGAAUCGUUUUUCGAUCGCAACGUCGUACUUUCUGUAUUGAAAUCACGCACGACAGCAGUACACGCGCAUACAUAAAACUAAUCGAUGAAACAACGGUUGCAACAUAACUAAUAUUAUCGGCGCACAAUAAAGUUUGUAUUGAUAUUUUCCACACUAUUAUGUGUGCAAAAAAAAAAGAAAAAAAUGCACGCAUAUCGCAUAUGUAUAGGUGCUUAAACAUUAUGAUAAUGUCCAUACGUGUUAUAACGCAUGCCAUAAGUAUAUAAUGUUAUGGGGUACCUAUACAUCAUAUUAUAGACCAGCGGUUCUCAACAUUUCACGCGUUGGCGGCCCGAAAUCUAUAAUUUUGGAUACGACUUUUUUGAAAAUUAUAUUUUAAAUACGGGAGGUGGGGGCGGGGGGUAUGCAUCCCACCCACUUAAUUGUUCGAUUGCCGUGACUAUAAAAGAAACUAUUACCUUUCGUUUAUUUUUCAAAGUAAAUACAUUAAUAGUAUACACGAUUAAACGAGUAAUGGCCAAUGACGGCGCCUACCUGUGGCAGAGAAAUUCAAAAUAUCGAUAACUGAUAGUUACCAACCAAAACGAAUGCUUCUCAACGACUUAUCAAAUAUUUAAUAAUUUCCGCGGAUAUCAAUAACUGACAAAGCAUAUUCGUACGGCAUUGAAAGACCAUAGUCCCAAAUUGUUUGUAUCGAUUUUGUCAAGAAAAAUAAUUUACCAAAAUUGUUUCGUUAAUUAUUUUUAAAACUGCAUUGUAUACACGUAGUCUAAAAUUAAAAUAUGAUAUUACUUAACUUUUUAAUUUUUUGGCGACCAGUUCAAAAAUAAUCGGCGACCCAAAAAUGGGUCACGACCCUAUGGUUGAGGAACGCUGCUUAUAUACCAGCAGACUAUAUACGAGUAUUAUAGGGGUACCCGUAUUCCUCGCGUGAGAUUCGAAUACUAUUAUUGUUAUUAUCACUGUAUUGUGUACAGUGUGUUUCACUCGAAUGGUAAAAACAAAAAAAAACUACAAAUAUUCUCCUUUAUUCUCUUAAAAAUGAGAAAAACACGCAAAAAUAAUCGAUAUUAUAUAAAGUAAAUAAAUUUAUAAAUAAAAAUAUUGAAAUGAAUAAAUGAAUCAAUGGCGUCGCCUGGAGUAUUAUGAUGAGUGUAUCAUACGACCGGUUUCGAAUCAUCAGGUAUAUAUCAGUCAAAAUGUAAAACGCGACUGAAUAAAAAAAAUUAAACGAAUGAAUAUAUAGAAAGAAAAAAAAAUUAUACCAAUUGGUCGUUUUACAUAACAUAUAGAAAUAGUUUAUUUUAAUAGGAGAGAUUAUUAAAAAUUAUUAUAAAGUUAUUAUUAUUACUUAUGUUUGACUCGGAAUCGUUUUUCGAUCGCAACGUCGUACUUUCUGUAUUGGAAUUAUAUUCGUUUAUUUAUUUUUAUAUUUAUAUGUACAUUUUUUAUUCACAUAUUUAUUUACUUUAUUUAUUUACGAGUAUUAACCGUUUUAAUAAUUCUGUUUUUACUUUAUUAUUUCAAUAUUAUAUAGCUUCAUACUAAUAUGUAUUUAUUUUUAUUUUUUUCAUUAUCAAAAUGAUAAAAAAAAAAGUAAAUAAUAUUAAAAUAAUUGUUAAAUGAUUCGAAAAAUAUUUUUUCAGGUAGGUAGCUACAUUUAAAUUAAAUUAAAUAUUAAUAAUAAUUUAAAAUUACCAUAAAUUAGUAAUUUUUUUUUUCAAACAAUUUACAAAGUAUUCCAAAAUGUGUUAUGUGUAUUAAAUAUUCUCUAAUCCCUAAAAUAGUCUCUAAUAUGAACAACGAAACUUUUACCUUAUGAACUCUGUGUUGAACGAAUCGCCAAACAUUUGUUACACUCAUAAGAUUGCACACACGCUCAGUCACAACGUGUAAAAACAUAGAAAUCCGGACUCUUUUUAUAACAUUAGUUUAAUAUUAUAGUAAUAUUAGUUGGAUGGACUCGGAUAAAGGUAUGAGGUAGUGAAAGGGUUUUUUUUUUUAAGACAAUCAAGAGUACUGAAGUACACAUUUUGAGCCGAUUUCCGACCGCAAUAAAACCUAUUUCUUAAAUACUUACUACUUUAAAAUCUUUGGUUCCAAAGACUCCUUCUUUAGAACCAAAGGAGGACUUAAAUCAAUUUGUGGAGGUUUUUUUUAAAUUUUGCUUAUGUAAUUUUCUAGUCUAAAUGGUAAACCACUAUACAUGCAUGGUGGACUACCUUAUAAAAGUAGCCUGGGAAAUAUUUAUUUUACCGGCAUCAAAAAAGAUACACAGUGGUCCAAUUUAAGCUCAUCACUUUCUUACUCCAAAUAUUUUCCCUUGAAAGCGUCCUCAUCUUUAUAUACACUCAGUUUGUGCAGCUUCUGGUAGCUUAUUAAAAGACCCUGAAUAACAUUUGAACGGGAUGCAAAGUGUACGGCGCCUUUGCAACUCCUCUCUACAUUCUUCACGGUCACUUGUCAUAUUUUAUUGUGUACUCUAUGGUUUUCAGCUCCGAUAUCUUUUCUAAUUUGUCCGAUAAACGUGUUGCGGGGUCGUCCACGUGGUUUUUUUCUUUCAAUCAUGCCCUCCAUUAUUGUACUGUGUAGUUUUUCUGUAUGGUCUAAUGGCAUGUCCGACAAUAUCCAUAUUUCACUCUUAUGGCAUAUUAGUCCAUUAUCGCUCGUCGUUGACUAUUCCAAGUACAUCUUGGUAUUAAGUGGGUACUUGACACUCGAUACUCACCAAUAACUAUAAAUACCUGGGUAACAUAAAAAAAAUAAUAAAACCAAUUACCCGUCGAUUGAUUGUUGUUUAUAUUGUAAUGAUUUCGUUUUUCAGAUGGGACUUCAGUCGUAUUGUAAACCGGUAGUCGUGAACAUCGAGAAUCCUGUGUUCACUCAAAUCAUGUACCUGAUAUCGCUGCUCGGGAUAAUCAUAUUCCUGUUGUUGCUAUUACGGUGGUUAGAUUUCGUGUCCGUCUUCCGGUGA